AUGAGCUUCAAACCAAACGAGUGGUUCCCUUCUUCCUCACUUGAUUUUAACACCUCCUUCCACCUCUUUUUCAACCCCAUAUCUUCUCCUCCCACUCCCACCACCACCACCACCACCACCACCGUCCGGCCACCGCCAUCAAUGGCUGCCUUCACAAACCUCAUCGUUAAACCCCUUCAAAACCUUUCCUCCACAACCAAACUCCAUACUUUCUCUUCUCCUUACAACCCUAAUAAACUCCUCUCUUUCUUCCUCACCAAACCCAAGACCCUCCGACCACUCUCCAUCACAAGAGCCACCGCCGGCGCUGCGACCUCCAGCGUCGAGAAAGACAGCAACGACGGUGGUGCAUCUGCCAAAAAACAAGACGCCGCCGACGACGACGACGACAAAGUAAAGCACAUCCACACAGUGGCGGAGUUCGAGGAGGCGUUACGUGAAGCGAAACAGAAGCUGGUGGUGGUUGAAUUCGCCGCCCGUCACAGUAAACAGAGCAGCAAUAUGUAUCCAUUCAUGGUGAACCUUAGCCGGACAUGCAACGACGUCGUCUUCUUGCUGGUGUUGGGAGAUGAAUCCGAUGAGACACGUGAGCUUUUCCGGCGAGAGAAGAUCGAAAAAGUACCUCAUUUUAGCUUCUAUAAAGGCAUGGAGAAGAUCCACGACGAAGAAGGGAUUGGGCCGGAUAUGUUGAUGGGUGAUGUUUUGUACUACGGCGACAACCACUCCGGCGUCGUGCAACUUCAUAACAGGGAAGAUGUUGAGAAGCUGAUAGCCGAUCACAAGACAGAUGGGAAACUGCUUGUGCUCGAUGUCGGGCUAAAACAUUGUGGCCCUUGCGUCAAGGUAUACCCGACAGUGUUAAAACUAUCGAAGCAGAUGGAUAAUGCGGUUUUUGCAAGGAUGAACGGUGACGAGAACGAUAGUUGUAUGCAAUUUUUGAAAGACAUGGAGGUUGUUGAGGUCCCAACCUUUUUGUUCAUUAGAGAUGGAGAGAUAUGCGGAAGGUACGUCGGGUCAGGUAGGGGGGAACUUAUCGGGGAAAUUCUUAGAUACCAAGGAGUUCGUGUCACAUAUUAACCAGAACGUGGUGGUUAUAUUUAAAAACAUUUUAAAGAAUUGUAUGGUAUGAUAUUUCUAAUUACAAAAAUAUUUGUACCAUAUAAAUCUUAUUGGUCUAUUAAGAACUGUUUCAUGGUGUAAUUUACUGAACUUUUGUCUC